AUGUCCACCGGCAACAUGGAAUUUUCUUAUGGACCCUCUCCUUGGUACUCAUAUGAUUUUACAAUACCGUCUCUUCGCGCCAAUGAACAAUCUUCGGGUAGACUCAGACCACAAGCUCCUGGGCCCCUAUCAUCGUCGCUACCUCAAGCUUCACCGGAUUUAUUUGAUGAUCUGCACUCAUUUGCAGGCUCUACUCCAAAUUCUGGAUUUUCUCAUGGCGCAUAUAUGCACCAGCCCACACCAAAUUUUAUUGCGGCACAGCAGGCUCAUGCCCUACAAGAACAACUCGCUAUAUAUCAAGCACGGCUUGCAGAGACUCAACUCGAGUUAAGCAAGACUAUUACCAAAUGUGACACUAUCAAGGCGUCUUUUACCGAACUGAUUAGCGUACUGCGACUCCCGGAUCGCACCAACCCGCUGAACUUCAGUCUCACAAACGACUUGCUAACGGGACACGACAAAGUCCGUCCUUCGCAAGACUCUCACCCGAAAAUCUGUUUCUGGAGUCGAGUGGAUUACGACAAAUACAUUGAGAACGCUGAGUCUGGGACUGGAACUCGGGGUAAAGCCCCAUGGCUAGAGCUCGAGGAUGGUAAAUCUGUCAUGGUCGAGCAACUCAAAUCAAUUUGUAAGGCACUGCGCGCAGCCUGGGCUGAAUUGGUUGUUCAGAAAUUAGCUCCACCCACCUGGUCAAGGAUCUGUGCUACCGGAAAGAAGCUUGUAUUCGACAUCAUGGUGAAACAGUUCCCGCUAUUCCUAUUCGACCACUGCGGCUGGAAACUCAAGCUGCUUUGCAUUACCGAUUACCCAUCCUGGCGUAAGAACAACCUUGGGAACAACGGAAAACUGGAAGGACCUACCAGGCAAGCUCUCAAGAUAUCAGAAUCGAAACACGAUGGACCCCGGGCUAAAGGAAACAGCAAGCGGCGCCUGUCUGACGAUAGCGAAAGCCUGGACCGCCAAGACCAUUUGAAGAAACCUAAAUUUGACUCAGCACCAUCUCCGCUGCUUCGUAUCGAACCGAAAGUUGACCCUGGCGCUAUAUCGCCAACCUUACUCUCAACCAAUAUGCCCCUGCAUCCAGAUCAAAACUCAGGGCCUGGCACUAGCACCGACAAAUGUGUCCCUUCGCCCAUCGAUGAUUCUCUUGCCCUCGAAAAUACUCUCAUCAUGCCAACCUACCCACGUGAUGCAUCUACCCCACCAUUUGGAGUCUACUUACUGCAGCCCACUCCGCAAGGCCCGUCUCUUCCCCGAUCGCCUUUGCGCCAAACUGUGUAUACUUCUGAAACUAAGACCUUGCCAACUCCUCGCACACCAAGAACAUCUCGUGACAUACAACAUGCCAACAAAGAGAACACAAUUAUAUUGCAGGAUCCACUCGCCGAUAUUUUCGGACCUAACGGAAUCGCCAAGACAAUCCCUGCCCCAGCACUUAGCCCGAUCAAGCAGACAAACAAAGACGGACCAAGUAUAUCCAACACCAAGUCAGUUGUAAAAACGGAGGGAAAGAAGAAGAUGCGACCUGGUGCCACGAAGAACGCUCAAAACUUAUGCGCAUGGCGUUGGCUAAAGCAGGUCAAUGACAUGAGUGGAACAACUGAAGAAUUCUGCGUGUAUUGGGCAGCACUCGCGACCGCACAGCAAGAUGAGUACAAGGCCGACGCAGAGCGGUUGCAAAGCGCAGGGACAUGGACAAAGGGUUCUGAUUGUGCCGUCUGCGAUGGUGCACUAUACUAG